CCCACCAAAUCACACACCAUGGCUUCCGUAGCUACCGUAACACUUCCCCUCCCCGCCCUCCCUAGCGGAUGGAGCGCAGAGAAGGACUUCAAGGCCAUCGGUCAGCUAUCUGAGGCCACCCAGCGCAGCAUCGAGCCUGUCGGCCCUCACUUCCUCGCCCACGCCCGACGAGCCCGCCACAAGCGCACCUUUUCCGAGGAUGACCGCAUUCAGGCCCAGGAGAGCGCCAAGAAGGUCGAGGAUGGCGAUGAGAGCGACGAGAGCGAGCCCGAGGACCCCAUGAUGCUUCAGCGCGAGGCCAAGGACUGGAAGACCCAGGACCACUACAAGAUUCUUGGCCUCUCCAAGUACCGCUACAAGGCCACCGAGGACCAGAUCAAGAAGGCCCACCGCAAGAAGGUCCUUAAGCACCACCCCGAUAAGAAGGCUGCCCACGGCGGCGAGGACGACGACCAGUUCUUCAAGUGUAUCCAGAAGGCCACCGAUGUCCUUCUCGACCCUGUCAAGCGCCGCCAGUUCGACUCGGUCGACGAGGAGGCCGACGUCGAGCCCCCCACCAAGAAGCAGCUCCAGAAGGGCGACUACUACAAGCUCUGGAGCAAGGUCUUCAAGUCCGAGGCCCGCUUCUCCAAGACACACCCCGUUCCCACCUUUGGCGACUCCAACGCCACCAAGGAGCAGGUCGAGGAUUUCUACAACUUCUGGUACAACUUUGACAGCUGGAGAACUUUCGAGUACCUCGACGAGGAUGUCCCCGACGACAACGAGAACCGUGACCAGAAGCGUCACAUGGAGCGCAAGAACGCCAACUCGCGCAAGAAGAAGAAGGCCGAGGACAACGCCCGUCUUCGCAAGCUGCUCGACGAUGCCUCAGCCGGUGACGAGCGUAUCAAGCGCUUCCGACAGGAGGCCAACGCCGCCAAGAACAAGAAGCGUCUCGAACGCGAGGCCGCUGAGAAGAAGGCCAAGGAGGAUGCCCAGGCCGCCAAGGAGGCAGCGGAGAAGGCCGCUAAGGAGGCUGAGGUCGCGGCCAAGGCUAACCGCGAGACUGCUAAGAAGGCCAAGGAGGCUGCCAAGAACGCUGUCAAGAAGAACAAGCGUGUGCUCAAGGGCUCUGUCAAGGACGCCAACUACUUUGCCGCCGGCGAGCCCAGCCCCGCCGAUAUCGACAACGUCCUGGGCGACGUCGAGACUAUCCAGGGCAAGAUCGAUCCUGAUGAGAUCGCUGCUCUGGCUGGCAAGCUCAACGGUCUCAAGGUCGCUGACGAGAUCAAGAGCGUGUGGAGCGGAGAGGUCAAGAGGCUGGUUGAGGCCGGCAAGCUCAAGGACGGUGAUAUCAAGGUCCUGGCUUAA